AUGGAGGACAAAACGGGCGACACGAAGUUGAUUGAAAUUCCACUGGACAAGUCGGAGGAAGUUCCAGCAAAGACGCACUCCCCCGUUCAAGCCGCUGCGAUUGGUACUCACGUUGAUAUUAAUAAAGAACCCCCCUCGGAGGUGGACAUCUCGUUUCUCCCAUCUGCAAUAACAAAGGAAAUAGGAGGGGAAGAAAGACACUACAAAUGGAAACGUAAAGACGGCGGAGAGAUAAGAGACCACAUAUUGAGUACUAGCGAGUUUCUGAAAGACAUCAUCGACUAUUUAAAACUGCACGAACCAAAGAAAGAACCACUGCGAAAGAUGUCCGUCACCGACCGCCGGAGCGUUCGGAUGCCAAGAAGCUGCCAAAGUUAUUUGGCUUCAACGGAGGAGGACAGAAGCACAAGGUCAUCGGAGACACGAAGAAUUAAUAAGGAGAAGAAACCACGUCGGGAGAUUUAUAACGAAAUCACAGCUAUUAAACAGCCAAUGCAAGACACACUGAUCCAAAUAGUGAAAACUAUGAACGGAUUCUCAGAGAGCGAAGCAGACGCCGUGUUGGAGUUUGUCAGAAAUAUGUCGCCGAAGCCUAAGGAAGACCAAGUUCUUAUUUAA